AUGACAGAGAUACGGGUGUUUUUGAUUGUGAUCCUGCUGGUUCUCUUGGGUCUGUGCUUCCUGAAACAGCAAUGGUCUCGCAGACACUACCCUCCUGGACCGCUUUCUCUUCCUGUCAUCGGAAGCAUAUGGCGGAUGGGCUUUAGAGUUUCGGACAAUAUAUUACUGCAGCUGGCAGAGCAAUAUGGAAAUAUUUACACGAUAUGGCUAGGAAAUCUUCCCCUGGUUGUCCUGUCUGGAUUCCAGACCGUGAAAGAAGGACUGAUCAACAAUUCGGAAGACUUUGCUGACCGACCAACGACUCCUUUCACUAAAGCUCUAGCAGCAGGAAGAGGUAUUGUACUUUCGAAUGGUCACACCUGGAAGCAGCAGAGACGGUUUGGUUUGCUCACGAUGCGCAAGCUGGGACUGGGCAAGAAAGGCAUGGAGCUCCAAAUUGAAGAGGCGGCCCGGCAGCUUAUUGAGAAUUUUGCAAGCAUGAAGGGACAGCCAUUGGAGCCUUCGUUCCCCAUUACCAACUUGAUCUCCAAUGUGAUAUGUGCACUGACUUUUGGACACAGCUUUUCUCUUGAAGAUAAAAGCUUCCAGAAACUGGUGGAAGCCAUUCACGAUUCCUUAAAAGUUGCAACGAGCUUUUCUUACCUUCUGUAUGAAAUGUUCCCAGGGAUCAUGAAGCAUCUCCCAGGGCCCCACCAAAAGGCCUUUUCUGCCAUACAGGUGGUGCUUUCUUAUGCAAAGGAGGAAAUCGGGAAGCACAGGGAACAUGAGUCCUUUCACGAGCCGCAGGACUUCAUUGAUUACUACCUACUUCAGCUGGAGAAAAAGGGCAACAAGAAGGACCCCACCUCCACCUACGAUUGUGAGAACCUUGCUCAGUGCAUUAAUGACCUUUUCAUUGCCGGGACAGACACUGCUGCCACAACGCUGCUUUGGGCAUUGCUGUUCCUGACAAAUCACCCAGAUGUCCAAGAGAAAGUCUACAAAGAGAUGGAGGAUGUUUUUGGUCCAUCCUGCUCAAUUGCCUACCAGGAUAAAAAGAAACUGCCCUACACCAAUGCGGUGAUUCAUGAGAUCCAGCGCAGAGAAUACGUCUUGGUAUUUGGGCUCCCAAGACAAACUUUGAAUGAUGUGACUGUGAACGGCGUGCUUAUUCCCAAGGGAACCAUGAUUUUUGCGGACAUGCGCUCUGCUCUUCUUGAUCCUGAGCAAUGGGAGACACCUCAUGAGUUCAACCCGAACCAUUUUUUGGACAAGGAUGGCAACUUUGUGGCCCAAGAAGCAUUCCUGGCAUUUGGGGCAGGGGCCCGGACUUGCCUGGGGGAGCAGCUGGCGCGGAUGGAGGUCUUCAUCGUCCUGACCAGCCUCGUGCGGGCCUUCCAGUUCCAGCUGCCAGAAGGCGUGAAGGAGCUCGACUCAACAGCUGUGUCGGGGCUGACAAGACAUCCUUGCCCUUUUAAAAUCUGUGCUGUUCCACGCUGCAGCUCACCAUAA